AUGGAAGAAAGCCAAUGGCAGCCAUGUUGUGUUCACACUCAUUCAUCUAGGGUGGUUGGAAUCGCACCUUCUCAGGCCGACGGGAUCGAAAAACCGUUAAAAUCGUUUAGAAUCAACGAUAUUCUAUCUUCCAGUUCAUCGGACGACUUCACAAAACAGCGGCGUAGGGAAUCUGAUUUCAAACGUUCUUCCGAUGAGUGUUCGGAGAAUAAAAGACGCAAAAGUCCUUCGCUCAAUGAUGGAAGAGAUUCCUGUGACAAGGCAUCGCCUCUUGCAAUUGUGAGGCCCUGGGAUACACCGGAAAGAAACAAUCAAGAAAAUGAUUACACGUGUUUAUCAAAUGGAUCUCACACAUCGAGAAAUAACCCAUGUGAUAAUCCGUCCCCACAUAAUUCCAGAUCAUCAACAUGUUUUUUAAAUGCAUCAACCAUUUCAACCCAAGUUUCGGUUAUUUAUCCGAAGUCGUCGGUUGCGUUAAACGGCAAAAAUGACCUUUUGCAAAAGUUUUAUAAUAACCAAAGACGUUAUGACGUGGAAUCGGAUUCUGACACCGAAAUCGACGUAGAGGGAUGUGAUGAAGAGAGAAGCGAUGUUUCUGGCAUUCAUUCGGACAAGGAAGAUGUCUCGCCAUUGGAUGCCUUGUUGGCAAUGUCCAGUAAAACUUUUUGGGGACUGGAUAGUAUUGACGAACAACAAGCCAGAGAUAUGGACCAGCAAAAUAAACAUAAUUUACCAAAGAAAAAACGUAAAACAAGAACUGCAUUUACAAACCAGCAAAUAUAUGAGCUGGAAAAGCGUUUUAUAUUGCAAAAGUACUUAACCCCGACGGACAGGGAUGAAAUUGCAGCCAAGCUCGGACUAACAAGUGCGCAGGUCAUAACAUGGUUUCAGAAUAGAAGAGCAAAGUUCAAACGCGACAUCGAAGAAAUGAAACAAGACGUAGUCGCUACUAGUCCGAAGAGAUAA